CCUGAGCCCGCUCGCACAGGCGCACACCUCCGCUCCUGCUUCUAUCCCCCCUGCUUGUACUUUAUCCAGUGUCUGCAGUGAGGGUCUGUGCCACCCUCUGGAACUGGAGGGAUGGAUAGCAACCCUUGCUCUGCUGUUUGCCAGAUAAGCCAGAGGCACGCUUCUCUAGCCCUUCUUUUUAUCUUUUCCUAGUUUCUUUCUUCUUUUUUCCCCUAUUUCUGGAUGGGGGGGGGGGAAUAGAGAGGCCUUUAUUUUUAGAGUGUUUCUUUCUCCAAGGGGGGAACUUGUUGCACGGCAGCAGGGACUUUUAGAGGUGACUGCAGAUAGAAGGAGAGAGGAGGAGUGUGUGGGGCAGGCAACCCAUAGCCCAGGCUUGUCUCAAAGUUAAACUUGGUUUGUGUUUGUACCUGUAAAUAGAUGUAUGAAUGUGAAUAUGUACAUGCAGACAUGCACAUAGAUGGGGGGGUGUGUGUGCAGCGUAGGUGUAUUUUAAGCCUUCGGUUUAUGAGCUGCAAGAAGAGGGUGAGGGAUGGGGUGUCCCCGCAGCCGGGAUCAGGCACUCCGAGUGCGAACCCAGAGCCUGGGCUGUUUUUCCUGCCCGGUGCUGCUGCCUGCUCAGCUCCUCUGAAAUCGAUCCCUUCUGGUUUAUGGAUACACUGCUGGCGCUCUCCCUCCCGUCCCUCACCCUGGACACUGCGCUGGCAUUUCACUGCACACCGUCACAAAAAAGGGGCAAUGCCCCACACAAGUUUUGUAGCUCUCCCCCUAUCCCACUCCCUGUGGGGAGCUGCACCCAGGCAGGAUGGUCUGUGCUACUCUCUCCUCAGGUCCCCAACCCUUCUUAUCCCUCUGCCACAGGCCCCUCCGCACGUCAGCUCCACGCGAUGCAGAGAUAGGGAGUGAUAUCCCAAUUAAUCAGGGGCCCCGACCCAUCCCAACCCCCAUGGAUCACGGGUUCUGCGGUGUGCACGGCAAUCGCUUUGCUUGCGCUUUUAUUGAGUGGCCCCUGCCUCGUUGGUCAGCUCUCCAGAGACCCUGGAGUCCCUUUCACAUUUGGUGGUUGCUUCUCCUUUUCUUUCUUUCUACCCCUCUCUUUCUUUCCUUUGUUUUUGUCUUUCUCCCUCCCCUCCCCAGUGGGAAGAAGGACAUCAAGAAGGAAGAGGAAGAAGGGUUCGAGCGCAACCAUGGCUGACGACCAAGACCUUUCAGAGGUGGAGAUGAGCCCCGUGGGCUCUGAAGACCACCACUGCCUCUCGCCAGGACCCUCCAUGGCAUCAGACAACUCCUCGCACCUCACCGGCUCCGGGAAUGGGGACAUGGGGAAGGUCAAGAAGGAACAGCAAGACUCGGAGGCGGACGACGACAAGUUCCCCGUGUGCAUCCGUGAGGCAGUCAGCCAGGUGCUGAGCGGCUAUGACUGGACUCUGGUACCCAUGCCCGUCCGGGUCAAUGGAAGUAACAAGAGCAAACCCCACGUCAAGCGGCCCAUGAACGCCUUCAUGGUCUGGGCACAGGCUGCCCGGAGGAAACUGGCUGACCAGUACCCACAUCUCCACAACGCCGAGCUCAGUAAGACCUUGGGGAAGCUCUGGAGGCUGCUGAACGAAAGCGACAAGCGGCCCUUUAUCGAGGAGGCGGAGCGCCUGCGGAUGCAGCACAAGAAGGACCAUCCCGAUUACAAGUACCAGCCCCGCCGGCGGAAAAACGGCAAGGCCACGCAGGGCGAGGGUGAAGGCCAAGUGGAGGGGGAGGCCGGUGGGGCUGCUGCCAUUCAGGCCCACUACAAGAACGCCCACCUGGAUCACAGGCAUCCUGGCGAAGGGUCGCCCAUGUCCGAUGGUCAUCCGGAUCACUCCUCAGUUGCAGGUCAGAGCCAUGGGCCCCCAACACCUCCUACCACCCCUAAGACCGAGAUGCAGGCAGGCAAAGCCGACUCCAAGAGGGAAGGGCGUUCCCUGGGGGAAGGGGGAAAGCCACACAUUGACUUUGGCAAUGUGGACAUUGGAGAGAUCAGCCACGAAGUGAUGUCCAACAUGGAGACCUUUGAUGUCAACGAAUUCGACCAGUACCUGCCGCCCAACGGACAUGCCGGCCACCCGGGCCAUGUUGGGGGCUACGCGGCAGCAGCGGCUGCUGGCUAUGGCCUCGGGAGCGCCCUGGCUGCAGCCAGCGGACACUCUGCCUGGAUCUCCAAGCAGCAUGGAGUCUCCUUGUCCACUGCCACCUCAUCGGUGGUGGACUCCAAGGCCCAGGUGAAAACGGAGGGGUCUGCUCCUGGAGGUCAUUACACCGACCAGCCCUCCACCUCCCAGAUAGCUUAUACAUCCCUGAGUCUGCCCCACUACGGCUCGGCCUUCCCCUCCAUCUCCAGGCCACAGUUUGACUACCCGGACCACCAGCCCUCGGGACCCUACUACAGCCAUUCCACCCAAGCCUCUGGCCUCUACUCAGCCUUCUCCUAUAUGGGACCUUCCCAACGUCCCCUUUACACUGCCAUCUCUGACCCUGCACCCUCCGUGCCACAGUCCCAUAGCCCCACACAUUGGGAACAGCCCGUGUAUACAACUCUCUCCAGACCGUAGGGAAUGGGGAACAGUGACCGAAGCAGCGACGGAAAGGCUCCGAAGAAUCAGCACAGGCAGAAGAGCCUCCGAACUCCGAGGUCACUCAGUGCCAUCCAGCCACCAGAACCCACUGAGUAUAUAGAAGUGCCUUUCUUGACCCCGGCUAUCGUUGGCUCACCCGCCUAGAGGAAGGUUUUCCGUCCUUUCGCCCUGUACCAAUUCCACGCACGCAAGCCACGUGAUUGGCUUGCAACACCUUAUUGGCCUUCUAGAUGAGGAGGAUUCUAGACAUGGAGUGACUGGUCCAUGGUGGGUUUCGCUGUGUGCACCCUGGACUGUACGAUGAGAGAGACUGUCCUUUCCUUCCCCUCCCCAGACUGCUCCAGGGAGUUAGCAAGUGUUUCCAACAGGCCACAAUGGCCAGCACUUUCUCACCUGCUGCGGGUGAAAGGUGGUUGCUCAGCCUUGGUGAACUUGUUAUGCGAGGAGUAGUGGGGAGGAUGGCAUGGCCGGCUUCCUUGUGAUCAGUGUUGUGCAGCAGUCCUGCCUAAGAUUCACACAUGCAUGAAUCUUGAACUUUGUUGGAAGACCAACCUACGCUUGCUUCCCUGCUGAUUCCCACAGCUGCAUCCUAGUUUUAAUUCCCACCUCUUCUCUCCAUCUUCUCUCUGUUUAAUCCCACACUCUUUCCUGCAUGGAAAUGUUAAUGCCUGCCUGAACAACACAUAGGACUCAGGAACCCUAGUGUUACUCAUAUCACAGCCCGCGUGUUCAUGUGUGGAGGUGCAGAAGUGGGGAAGGACCAGUGAAUCACUAAGGUGCUGUGGAUGAAUCCUGCUUUUUUACAGUUACUCUAUAUUGUUCAUUUAUGUCUGGCAUUUCAGUCUUUUCUCAUCUCUCCCGUAUCCCAAGUGACCUCUAGACAAACUUUGUCCUCGCUCUUCCAUGUCUGACUGUGCACUGCCUGAAACGAAGAGGCACCAAGAAAGUUACUAUGCGCUUGCCAACACCCCAAGUCGAUUCCAACACUCUCUUUGAACGCCCACUCCAAACUCAGGCUGAUGGGCUGUGCAUCCCCACGUGUUUGUUCACCAUGUCUUCCAGUCAGCAACUCCCUCCUACCUAUGCUGAGGAUGGAAAGAUACUCCUGCAGCUUUAAGCAAGGUACAUAUGCAUCCAACCUUGGACGAGUGUAAGGAAGAGAACCCUAUUUAGGCGCAAAGGAAUUUGAUUUCCCCUUUGGCUUUCAAACUGGAAGCCCCCAGCUCUUGCAGUCAGAUCAAGUUCUUGUUUUCAGCCCAACACCUGAGGACAGUCUGCUUACUUCUUUGUCACCUCCAGGACUGGAGUGGUUUGUCAUGCCAGGGAGUGAACUGGCACAAAAGUUGCUGCAGGAAAAGAUGACUCCUGGCAACUGAUCACAGAGACAUGUCACGAGACCUUCCAAUGGAUAUUCCAGUCUAGAAAGACAAAAUACCCUGACCAAACGUGGACUGUGAUCGGUACCACUGUACCCUUCUGCUGACAUGACUGUCAGAUGCUUUUCCUGCCUCCCUUAGCUAUGGAUGACUUAUCCUUGUGGUGUCUGAAAAGAUGUAGAAUGUUUGCUCCUUGUACGCAUGUAACCUCUUCCAGCCCUGUCCCCUUAUUUAUGCAAGUAGCACCUUCCUCUCCCACCUCCCUUUCCCCAGUCUUAUGCUGUCCUAGCACCAUUAACUCUGCAUUAAACAUAUGGAAUAAUAAACUUAAAAGUUUCA